UUUGAGGCUCAACAAAUUAUGAUAAGAAAUGCCCGCAAAGCUGAAGCAGCUAGAGCACGCUAUCAAAAGAUGUCGCCAGAGCAGCGAAAGGAGUACAAUAUGCGUCGAGCACAAGCGAAAAAAUUGAGAGCCAUGAGUCGUGAGAAUCGAGGUCUUGGAAACUCGAAUUGUUCGCAGGUUUCCGGUGAAAUGGGUGAUUCUUCCGGUAUGAGCUCUUCAUUUGAAGCUGGCAAUACAAUGUCUUUGCUUGAUUCCAGCGAAAUGUCUUCUGCAAUGGAACAUCUUAAUAAUAAUUCACAGAUGUCUCAUUCUGCGGAUGAUAUUUUUGAACAAAUGGAACGAGAGGUGAUCAAGAGGACAAAACAAGCGCACAUGGCUUUGGCUCGCCAACAGCAACAAUCACAAACAGCGAAUCGUUUCUCCUCUUCGGUGGAACAGCACAUGAUCGAUGGAGAUACUGUUCUCAUCACGAAUGAUGGUCAUAUAGUUGACGACAAGUGCUUUGUGCAGCCAUCGCAACUAAUUGACGAAAAGGCGCUUCAUGAUAUGUUGCUUACUGGUUUGGAUGCUAAUGGGCAACCCGUAGAAUUGCGGACAGUUGAUGGAACGUUGAUUAGAGGCGAAGAGCAAUUGCGGGCUAUAACAAACGGCCAGCCUUUCCUCAUACAUCCACAACCAUUGCCUAUUUCAAGUGUUGACGAACAAGGGAAGGCGUUAACGUUUGCAAAUGCCCAGGAUCAAAUAGAACUUGCUCCUUCCUCGUCUUCUAUGGUUUUGGAGCCGUCAAAUGCUCUCUAUGCUUCGCAUGAAAUUGUCAUUGACGACAUGGUGAGUAACUCUUUUUCGUUUAUAUCAUCUUCUUUGACAAAAAAGGAAACAAAACGUCAAAUAUAA